AUGUCAACAGCAAGACUCGAGCCCCCUCGCGCAGACAGGCAGCCCGACGGCCCCAACCCUCUCCCGCAGCUCAUCCAGACGCCUUCUGGGCUGGCCCUCCUCGAGCUACAAGGCGCCAUCAACUUGCCGCAGGGAAAAGACGGCGCGCCCCUGCCCGGCCUGCAGAUUGGGCGCGUCGAGUUCCCGGACCACGACCCGGCGGCGCCGGCGCAGGACGCGGCGUGGAUGAAGCGCGUGCACAUGUUUGUCGGGCAGCACCAGCGGCUGACGGGCGAGGUCAAGAAGCUGCCGCGGGCGGUGGCCGUGGUGCGGCGGCGCGAGAACAGGAUGGAGUACGGCUCGGGCGGCGCGCACAUGGAAGAGGGCGAGAACCUCGAGGUGGUGGAGAUUAUCAAGUACAAGCUCAUGUUUGGCAACCGGCCGGAACCGGUAGGCACGGCGAAUGCAGUCUGA